ACACUGUGUAUUUUCACCUGCCGCCCCUCAGCGGAGACAUGAAGUGUGUCUAUGGAGUGUCCUGCUAUCGCCAAAUAGAAGCAAAGGCCCUGAAGGUCCGGCAGGCUGACGUCACCAGGGAGACGGUUCAGAAGAGCGUCUGCGUCCUCAGCCGAGUGCCUCUCUACGGCCUGCUUCAAGCAAAGCUGCAGCUCAUCACACACGCCUACUUCGAGGAGAAGGACUUCUCUCAGAUCUCCAUCCUGCAGGAACUGUUCGACCACAUGAACGGCUCGCUGAGGGGCUCCACUCUGGAGGGAUCGCAGGUGUAUCUAGGUUUGUCACCAAGAGAUCUAAUACUGCACUUCAGACACAAGGUUCUCAUCCUCUUCAAGCUGAUCCUGCUGGAGAAGAAGGUCCUGUUCUAUGUGUCCCCUGUCAACAGACUAGUCGGAGCUCUGAUGACAGUUUUGUCGCUGUUUCCAGGUAUGAUCGAUCACGGCCUGGUGGACUCGUCCCACUACAGGCCCAAGGGCAGCGUCUCGGAGGACCCGAGUCUGGUCGAAAGCGUCUCAGGAGCCGAAGAGUUCGUCUCCGUGUCCGUCACCGACAUCGCCAACACCACGAUGGAGCUGGAGGGGGUGGAGGCCGGCCAGCCCGCCGCCGAGUCCCUCUCCUCUGGGAACAGCGGCGAGUCGGACAACCACCUCCUCAAACCUCCGUCGCGGACCUCUCCGGAGUCCUCCGAGAGCGACUGGGAGACUCUGGACCCCAGCGUCUUGGAGGAAGCCGCUCCCAAAGAGGCGGCCGAGACGGCGCUGCAGGACGCCUUCGACUCCAAACCCGGGACGCCCAUCACGGUGCAGCCUCAGGCGGCCACCGGGCAGGGAGGCGUCAUCCAGGGGCUGGUGUCGGGUCUGGAGGAGGAUCAGUACGGCCUGCCGCUCGCCAUCUUCACCAAGGGCUACCUGUGCCUGCCCUACAUGGCCCUGCAGCAGCAUCACCUGCUGUCGGACGUCACGGUUCGAGGCUUCGUUGCCGGGGCGACCAACAUCCUCUUCCACCAGCAGCGGCACCUCAGCGACGCCAUCGUGGAGGUGGAGGAAGCUCGCAUCCAGAUCCAGGACCCCGAGCUGCGGAAGAUCCUGAGCCUGACGACGGCCGACCUGCGGUUCGCCGACUACCUGGUCAAACACGUGACGGAAAACCGCGACGACGUCUUCCUGGACGGGACGGGCUGGGAGGGCGGAGACGAGUGGAUCAGGGCCCAGUUCACCCUCUACCUCCACUCGUUACUGUCCUCCGCACUGCAGCAAGAUAACGAGAGGCUGCUGGCCGAUUACGGGGCUCCUUUCGUCACGGCCUGGAAGAUCAGCCACAACUACCGGGUGUGGUACAGCAACAAGCACCCCGCCAUGACCGCCAUCACUCCGGGCCACCCGUUCCAGGGCCAGUACAGCGUCGCCGACGUCAAGCUCCGACUCUCACACUCGGUGCAGAACAGCGAGAGAGGGAAGAAGAUCGGAAACGCCAUGAUGACCACCAGCCGCAGCGUCGUCCAGACCGGGAAGGCCGUGGGUCAGUCGGUGGGCGGAGCGUUGACCAGCGCCAAGUCGGCCAUGUCGUCCUGGUUCUCCACGCUGGCCCAGCCGCCGCCGGUCACCGGCCCGGCCGACCCGGCCGACCCUGAACCCGCCGCCGAGGUCAAACCGUGACGGACGGCGCUCCAGGAACCCCCCAGUGACUCCGUUUCUGUCUCCUCUGACUGUGAGGGCCGGACGAGUGGCCAGAGCUGGUUUUGUGAAGGACGCGAGCAGAAAAAAAAAAUCUUUCCUCAAAAUCCAAUGAAACCCAAACAGCCGGCGCCGGUCCCUGAUGGGAGACUCGUGGGCUUUUCCCAGCAUCCCAUAAGCGGGAUGGACAGCGAGGCGGCCCUGCUGCUGUGUUCACUGUACAGUCCAUAUCCACUGUGAGGCAGAGACUGCCGCCGCUUUCGAUCAAAUCCAGAACCUUCAGCGGGCUGCGAUGCGUCCGACCGACCGACCGCCUGCUUCUCUCUGCUGCAUUGCUGGAAGCUUCCCCGAGAGACGCUAAGACGCCGUCUCUGGGUUUUGCGGCGUCACUCUUUGCUGCAUAUUUAUACAGUUUGUCUAUUGCUGAGAAACGAUGUUGUGUAACGAGUAUCUGUGUCGCGGGAUUUGACAGAAAAGCAUGAGCUGCGGCACCUUGACAGUUUUAAUGGUUUAGAUUUUAAAUCCAUCCUUGGCUCAUGUUUGUCGACGCCUCCGUAGCAACGCUGUGGUUGUCGUGGUAACAGCGUGAAGUCCUUUGUGCGGUUUAAUUUCAGUAAAUGCAUGUUGACUGACUGCUUCUGCCAAUAACGAUCAUUUUCAUUUGUGUUCAUCUGUUUUGUUUUUUUUUUUUAGUCUCAAACUGUUUGAAAAUUGAGCAAAAAGUCAUUUUGAAAACUGACAAAAUGUUGCUAACGUCAAGUCAAAGAUGUAAUUUAAGACGUCAAUAAACGGUUAAACAGGUUUAA